CGCUUUUAACCCUUCAGCCUUACCGUAGCAAUACGCGCUUUCAGAGAAGAAACAUGGCGACUGCGGUCGUUAGCCGUCCUGCGAGUGUCCUUUCCAGGUUUUCUACUGCAGCUUCCUGCUCCCCUGUGGUACUGUCAACCAACCCUGUUACUGUCCAGCAGAGGAAGGUGCAUCAUGCUGUCAUCCCCAGGGGCAAAGGGGGUCGUUCCUCCUUCAGUGGGGUAGCAGCCACAGUCUUUGGAGCCACUGGGUUUUUGGGCAGAUAUGUAGUCAACCGCCUGGGUCGUAUGGGUUCUCAGAUUGUGAUUCCUCACCGUUGUGACCAGUAUGACCUAAUGUACCUCAGGCCCAUGGGGGAUCUUGGACAGAUCAUCUUUAUGGAGUGGGAUGCCAGGAACAAGGAUUCCAUCAGCGAUGCUUUGGCUCACUCCAAUGUGGUCAUCAACCUGGUGGGACGAGAGUGGGAGACGAAGAAUUUCCCCUUUGAGGAAACCUAUGUGGGAAUCCCGCAACGGAUAGCCAAGGCCACUCGGGAGGCCGGUAUCACAAAGCUGAUCCACAUGUCUCACCUCAAUGCUGACAUUCGCAGCUCCUCCAAAUACCUCAGGAACAAGGCAGUGGGUGAGAUGGCUGUGAGAGAUGAAUUCCCUGACGCCGUCAUCAUGAAGCCCUCUGAGAUGUUUGGAAGGGAGGACAAAUUCUUCAACCAUUUUGCCAACAUGCGCUGGUUUGGAAGAGCUGUGCCCCUCAUCGGCAUGGGGAAGUCGACGGUGAAGCAGCCUGUCCAUGUGGUGGAUGUGGCCAAGGCUAUCAUCAAUGCCAUCAAAGACCCUGAUGCCAAUGGGAAGACAUACGCGCUAGUUGGUCCGAACCGUUAUCUCCUUCAUGAUCUGGUGGAGUAUUUAUAUGCUGUGGCACACAGACCCUUUGUGCCUUAUCCACUCCCACGCCCUCUGUAUCAUCUUGUUGCACGCUUCUUUGCAAUGAACCCAUUUGAGCCUUGGACAACUCCUGACAAAGUAGACCGGUUCCACACCACAGAUAUGAAGUAUCCAGGGCUUCCUGGCUUGGAAGACCUGGGCAUCGUCCCUGCCACUGUGGAGCAGAAGGCCAUCGAGGUUCUGCGUCGCCACCGUCGCUUCCGCUUCCUGGAGGCUGAGCUGGAUACCAAGCCGGCCAAGACUGUUAGCUAUUAAGACCUCUGGCUGAACGCCCAACACCAGGCAGAUCCUCUAAUGCUGUCAAUGAUAAUUAUUCUGUACAUAAAUAAAAUAUAAUAUUCAAAA